CCUUUUUGUCUUCCUCUGUCUUAAAACUGCCUUCUCUUCCUCUAUACAUGCUUCUUCCUUCUCAACAACGCAUCUCUGCUCUCAUGAGGAGGCUCUUGCUUUGCUGCAAUUCAAGACAUCCUUCUCCAUCGAUUACACUCUGUGAUAAUAUCACAGGUCAUGUCAUUGCCCUUGAUCUCAGCUGCAGUCACCUUUCUGGCACCUUUCCUUCCAACAGCACUCUUUUUCUCCUCAAAAACCUAGAGAGCCUCAAUCUUGCCUUGAAUGAUUUUAGGCUUUCCAAGAUUCCACCAGAAAUCAGUCAGUUUACGAGACUAAAGCAUCUUGAUAUCUCUUAUUCUCUAUUUUCGGGCCAAGUUCCGGGUGAAAUUGCUCAACUCCCCAAGUUAGUUUCUCUCAAUCUGUCUAAUUAUUACGAUUCUUCUGACUUGAUCCUUGAAACAACUACCUUCAAAAAUCUUGUUCAUAAUUUGAGUGAGGUGAGAGAACUUGAGCUUAGUGGAGUGAACAUGACAUCUGUUAAUCCUUGUUUCUUCAUGAAUCUCUCUUCUUCAUUGACUGCUCUUGAUCUUUACGAGAGUGUGUUAAGAGGAAACUUUCCAAACAGUAUUUUCCGCUUUCCAAAUCUCAAGAGAUUUAGUUUAGGUGAAAGUGCAACCUUUGCUAUUGAUCUUCCAAGUUCCAAUUUUAGCAGUCCUCUCCAACGGUUGUAUUUACAUGGUUUCUUUUGCGGAAGGCGAUUGCCAGAGUCUAUAGGAGAUCUAAAGUCAUUACAGUUUCUGAGUCUUGGCUGCAACUUGGAAGGUUCCAUUCCAGCUUCCAUAGGUAAUUUAUCUCAACUCACUUACCUAUUCCUCUCUUAUAACAAUUUUAACGGACAAAUCCCAACAUCACUUGCAAACCUCACACAACUUAUCUAUCUUUACCUUUCCAAUAAUCAGUUUUCUGGUCCCAUUCUAGCUUCUAUAUGUAACUUAAGGCAACUUACUACCGUAUACCUUGAUUCUAACAAUUUUAGCGGACAAAUCCCAUCAUCACUUGCAAUCCUCACCCAACUUACCUUUCUUGACCUUUCAAAGAAUAAGUUUUCUGGUCCCAUUCCAGCGUCCAUAGUGUUGAAUUUGCAAGCCAAUUACUUUGAUGGAAAUAUACCCUUUGGGUUUCCAAAGGGCUGUGGAUUACGAAAUCUCAACUUACAUGGAAAUCAAAUGGACGGGCCAUUACCAAGGUCUUUGGCACAUUGUAGUGAGUUAGAGGUUCUAGACGUUGGCAACAACAGCAUAGAGGAUACAUUCCCUAGUUGGUUGGAAUCUCUACCAGACCUUCAAGUGCUUGUCUUAAGGUCCAACAAGUUCCAUGGUUUUGUGCAGAGCACCAAAGAAAGUCCAUCUUUUCCCAAGUUACGAGUCCUGGACCUCUCCAGCAAUGAUUUUCUUGGUCCUUUGCCUCUUCGGUACAUGGAAAAUUUUAAAGCAAUGAUGGACACUCAUGGAGAGGAUGGCUCCCCUGAAUACAUGAACGCGUCAACGAGAGCCAAUUCUUAUCAAUAUUCACUGGUUGUGACAUGGAAGGGAUUCGACUAUGAGCUGCAGGGAGUCUUGACCGUAUUCAGUAGUAUUCAUCUCUCAAAUAACAUGUUUGAGGGAGAAAUUCCAGAUGUUAUUGGAAAGCUUAGUUCUCUCAAAGGGCUUAAUCUUUCUCAUAACAACCUUACUGGUCAUAUCCCACCGUCACUAGGGAAUUUGACGAAUCUGGAAUGGUUGGAUCUCUCUUCCAACAAGCUGGCGGGGAAAAUUCCAGAUGAAUUGGUAUCUUUGACACAACUUUCUGUAUUGAAUCUUUCAAAUAAUCGUCUUGUCGGACGCAUACCACAGGGCAAUCAAUUCAACACCUUUGGAAAUGGUUCUUAUGAAGGAAACAUUGGACUCUGUGGAAUCCCAUUGUCAAAAUCUUGUGAUGGAAGUGGGACACCGCCGAGCUCCUUCCAAGAAAAAGAUGAGUUGUGGAGAUUUGGCUGGAGAGUUGUGGUGUUAGGCUAUGGAUGUGGAGUUGUUUUUGGAUUGCUGAUGGGAUAUCAUGUCUUCCGAACAGGAAAACCAAAAUGGUUUGUGUCUUUGUUUGAUGGCCGACGAAGUCAAAGUGGAAGGAAGAUGAGGAAAGCCAGAAGAAUUGUUCAAAGAAGAAGCUAGUUGCAGAGUUGAUGUUUUGGAGCUUCUGAUUUAAUGUUUCCUGAAUAAGUGCUCUUCGGGUUUGAAGUUCUUUGUAAUUUUGUCUUUCUUUAUUGUAAAAUAUAUUUGAAGGUUCAAGCUGUUAAUCUUUCUGUAUUAAUGUACUUCCUUGAGCCGGUUGGUAUCUCAAGGAAGUGAAGGUAUGCAAGUUUCACUCUUUAGAGUUUUGUUCUUGAGAUUCCCCAUUAGCAGAGUCAUAAAAAUUUUUGCUUUAC